AUGGCGCGAAAACUAAGAUUUCAUGGUUUGAAAAAACCGAAAAUCCGCGCAUCAUGGAACAAAUACAAUCUAUACAACCUUUCGCGAAUGAGACUACCAAACACGUCAUUUAUGACAUAUUUUCAGCAGAAGUGGAGCGCAAAAUCACUUGCUCGAGCAUACCAUGGUGACAAAAUAAUUAGAGAGAAGCAGUGGCAGCGAAUGUUUUCUCCAAACAUGAACGCAGUGAUCCCUGUUGAUCACAGGUAUCUUGCAGAAUUCGACGGCUCAGAGUUAGCAGAAGGCAGAGGUUCCGGGAAGGAGGUCAGGCCAAAACUGAAUGAUGAACCAUCAGCUCCCAUAAAGAAACAAAUCCCAUAUAUGAAUAUGACCUUUGCGCCACUAGAGAGAAGGCUAGACAUGGCCAUUUUUCGGUCACUAUUCGCAAGCAGUCAUAAACAAGCCCGACAGAUGGUUGUACACGGCCACGUAAAAGUUAAUGGCCUAAAGAUGGCACACCCGGGCUACCUCCUUAAUCCUGGAGAUAUGUAUCAAGUAGAGACCGACGUCGUACAACAUGCUACCGGCGAUCGGUUAAAUAAAGAAGAAAGACAGCUCAGAAAGGGAUUCCUCCGUCGAACCAAAAAAGCUAGAUCACGGAAAUCAGAACAUUAUAGCGCCUAUCUCCAGAAGGACGUGCUUGCAGCUCCAAAGUCUGGGACACACAACGAUGAGCCUCGGAAACGCCGGUAUUGGCUCAAGAAAAUGCAGAAUUUAUGGACAUAUAUCACCAAAAACUUUUCAACCUACCAGCCCACUCGUAAAAUUAAAUAUCGUCAACUAAGAAGUAAUAUUGAAAAGCUUGUUGCAAAUUGGUAUGAAAUGCCUUGGAAAGAGGUGGAUAACGCUAUGAAGAAAGUCGCCAUAGAAUUCCGAGGAGCUCGCUUUCGUUUUCCGAAUGAGAGUCCAGAUCGCCAAGAAUGGCUUCUUCGUCGAUUAGCGAUAGAUAGGAAGCGUAACGCCGAAAAACGUCAAAGAAAGCUGGAGAGACUAUAUCCAAAGUUGCGAGCUAAAGAAGAAAAGAAAAGAGGGCCUAAAGCAGCCCUCCAGAAGUAUCCAGACCUCCCAAAACACGAGUCACGACCUGCUUUACCAGCGCCACCACCACUUACCGCUACUAUUCCAAAACUCAACAAGAAAUAUAUGACUCCUGCAGGCAUCAAUAUUUAUAUGAGCUACAUUGAAAGGCUACCAAUCAUGACGAAGCGACCUUACGAAGGCUAUAUUUACAAGCUAAGCCAUAAGAGGCUGAAACGUAUCAAGAAUGUGGGGGUUUCUAUUGAUAGCGGUAGUAAAUCGUAUCCUACACCCUGGCGCCCUAGAAAGUUUAUGAGCGCUUUUGCCUUUAUCCCCCGCUACCUUGAAGUACGUCAGAGUAUAUGUGCCGGUGUUUACCUACGACAUCCUGUAGCGAGGCCAGGCUUAUCUGAAGUACCAUCACCAUAUCCCAUGGAAAUCAUGCAACUGGCUUACAAUUGGUAUCUACGCCGGCGCUAG